AGGCCGCCCCGCGCCGCCCCACGUGACAGGUAUUGACCAAUGAGCGGCCGCGCCUCGUGCCCGCCGCCAAGAUCAUACAGCCACUCGCCCCGGGAACUGUUGGGGGACGAGCUCUUUUUUCCGGACUUGGCUGGUUUCAUAAGCUGUUGUGUGACAGUUUCUAGCAAGUAAAUGUAUGCUAUACCAUGUCACAUCCACAGUAUUCCAAAAUGUAGCCGCGAAGAGGCUGAUCAAGUGGCCGAAAAGGGAGUGAAGGACUCGCCAUUUUAGGAAGCCGCAGUCGGUGGGCUGUUUGUUGUUGUUUUUCUGUGUCCGGUUUAUGCUGCAGUGGAGGCGCUUUUAAGUCAUUUGAAGCUCCCGCAAGGUAGUGGGAAAUAUAAAGAAGGACAAGAUGACUCAAAAUCAGCAAAAUAUCACCACAUUGCUGAUCCCCGACCCAAAUGGAGGACAGCCUCAAAUGAUUAAGUUGAUGGGUAACAAAAGUGGGCAUCUCCCUGUCCAGCUGGCUGGAGGGAGUGCCAGUGGCUCAGGAACCAAUGUCAAAGCUACAUUUGUUAAAACUUCCAAUGAUCAGGGCCAAACUGUCCUGCAGACGAGCAAGUUGCCCAGUGGCCAAAUCAUUGCCAUUCCCACCAAGCAAGGCCAGCUUGGUACCCAGAACAUGCGGGGGAAUCAAGUUGUGUUACCAGUUAGCAGUGCACAUCUGAAAUCUCCAUUGAGAACACUUGACCAACAACAACACUCAGUUGUUGCCAGCCGCUCAUCAUUGACAAGCUCUCCGGUUGUCAUUCGUACACAGACGGGUUCCCUAACUUCUAAUCAAGUAACUUUGCAGACCCAGCAAGUGGGACAGCCUCAAGUUCAUCAACAGACACAGCAUCAACAGUCUCAGCAGACACAACAGCAGAACACUUCCCAAAUUAUAAACAGCACACCUCCGAAGAGUCUCAUGACAACACCCAUCCUAGAUCACAGUGGUGCUCGGAAACGACAUGACUUUGACUUUGACUAUGGAGUUGAAAACAAACGAAGGAAGAGUGAGAAAGGAGGUAAAGGCUUGCGUCACUUCUCCAUGAAAGUCUGUGAAAAAGUUAAAGCCAAAGGUACAACUUCAUACAAUGAAGUUGCCGAUGAGCUGGUGUCUGAGUUUACAGACCCCUCACGAUGUGCUUCACCUUCUGAUGGUGCUAAUUAUGACCAAAAGAACAUCCGACGGCGAGUUUAUGAUGCACUGAAUGUUUUAAUGGCCAUGAACAUUAUCAGUAAAGAAAAGAAGGAAAUCAGAUGGUUAGGGCUACCAACAAACUCUGCACAAGAAUGUCGGAAACUGGAACAAGAAAGAUUUAAAAGAGUGGAAAGAAUAAAACUCAAAACACAGCAGCUUCAAGAUCUAAUAAUACAGCAAAUUGCAUUCAAAAAUCUUGUUGAAAGAAAUCGCACUGAGGAGCGAAUACAAGGAGCACCGUCACCAAAUUCAGCCAUCCAGUUACCAUUUAUCAUCGUUAAUACAAAUAAGAAAACUGUUAUUGAAUGUUCCAUUUCUAAUGACAAAACUGAAUAUCUUUUCGACUUCGAAGAUAGAUUUGAAAUCCAUGAUGACAUUGAAGUUUUGAAACGAAUGGGCAUGGCCUUAGGUCUUGACAAAGCUCAGUGCUCACAAGUGGAUUUGGAAAGAGCGAAGUCAUUAGUACCAAAAGCUUUGGAAAGCUACGUAAUAGAUUUAGCGGAAGGUAAUCAUGAACCAAAGCUCAAUCUACGUGAAGAUUUUAAUAUGAUUACAUCAGAAAGCUUUGGAGAAGAGGACCUAGAAGUGGGCACCAUGACACGAACAAGUAACACCAAUACCAGUAGCACUCUGGGAGUAAUAUCCCGCCACUCCUCACUUAUUUCCUUGCAGAAUGAACAUCGAGGAGACUCAGCCUCUCCAUCUUCCUUUGGUGAUGAGGAAGAUGAAGAUAUGCUUGAUGACUCUGAUGUAGAUAUUAGUUAGUGGUACAACCUGCGAAGGAGAAGUGAAUACUUGUUGGCAAACCACAUGGUGAGGGGUAUAAUGUGAUGUGUGAUAUUGCCGUGUUAUGAGGGAGGAGUAUUCAAUAAUCUUAUGAAGUGUAUGAGUGAUUGAAAAUUUUGAGUAGCAUGUAUUUUAUGGCUUGAAUGAAGUUUAACAAUGCAUUGUGGUUGGAAGAAAAAUUAUCUGAAGUUUUUGUAUCAGAUUGGAAAACCAGUGGAAAGUGGUUGAAGGUAGAAAGGUCUUCUUUUAAUUAGUUAAGCAUUUUAAACCUGAAGUGCUACCAGUGUGGAGUACAAUGAAGGAGCUGGCCCUUGAAUGUUGAUACUGAAAAGCUAGAAGUGCUUUAUUUUCCUGGAAGCAAACACAGUGGGAGAAAUUAGAGUUGGGUGUAUGCUAAGUGGGAUUUGUAAUAUGUGAGGGAGGGCCAUUUCAGCCUUGGGAUUCAGUACAAAGUGAAGUACAAUCUGUACUACUGCAUCUCUAGUGGCAUAGGCAUUUCUUUGACUGGACUGUUUAUAUGCAAUCUCUUCAUUUAAAAUGUCACUUCUUUUAUAUUCAGAAUUAUUUAUGAUUUAUCUCACAGAUGUAUCUACUAUGGGAGGCUGGCAAGACCAGAAUAUAUGAAAUAAAUCUAAUGAUUGAUUAUUACAUGAAAAUUAUUCUAUAUGUAGAUUAUAUUCAUUAGUUUUGCCCAUUCUCCCAAAGUAGACAGUCUUGAAUCACAAAUGAGAAGACAUUUUUUCCAGUGAUAAGGUAAAUGUCCUUGCCUGCCAGCUUAUUGGUGGAUUACAUUUUAUGCCAUUUAGGGAUAUAUAACUGUUUACAUCAUCAACACUAACAUUUUGCAUCCUACAAAGUGAGUUUAUUUUUUAUGAAAAUAUAUGUGUAACAAACUUGUAAUCUAUAAUGUGAAAGUGUGUAAAUAUGGCUGCUCAUACAGCUGUAAUCAAUGCUAAACUCUUCAUAUAUGCAUGUAAGUGGCAAGGGUAGAUGGUCCUUAAUUAUCAGUAUGCUGUAGUGUGUAAUAUUAACUUCUGAUGCUGGAUACGCUUAAUUCCAGUGUAUGAGGGCCUUACUACCCUAGUCACAGGCACCCUCCACCCCACCACUUUUUUUGUGAUUUCAUCAAACCACAUAAUGGUCUCAAUACAAUCAUUACAAAACAAAAUUGUUAAUAGUACAAAUUGUUUAGCUAGAGGUGGUGAUACUCCUCUCAUUCCCAGAUAAGUUUAGAGGGAAAUGAUGCCUGCCUACCAUUAUAGAGUGAGUGUGAAAGGAGUUGAAUUUUAGUUAUUUGAUGCCCAAAUAACAUUGUUACAUUAUAUUGACUCAUAUUAACUGUCCAUGAUUUGACAAAUUUUGAUGAAAAGGAAGGGGCAUUUAAUGUUAAUAGGUAAAGUUGCUGUGCUAGUUAGUGAUAUGAAAUAACUCCUCAUUCUAUGCAUACCCCCAUGUUAAUUUUAUAUUAGGAGUAAUUUUUCCCAAAUCUAUUUAAUAGAGGUAUCUCAAAAUGUAAUUUGAAAUUCAUAAAAUGGAGAAUUUAAUCAUAUACUUGAAAUUUUAGCAAGAUUGAUUAUCUAUUUUUUAUAUCAGCUUUUACCAGUAAAUGUAGAUUCAUUUAAACCAAAGUUGUGAAUGGAAAAAUUUGGUGUCAAAGUGUGAAAGCAUGUUUAAGAAUUACAUUUCAUUAUAAAAUACAGAACUGCAAACAAAUUCAUGGAAGUUUCUCAUUCUCCAUUGAUGGGUAAGUUUGAACAAUCAAAAGUUGCCCAUUGCGGACUAGUAUUGAUAUGGAUAUGGAGUUUUAUCUAUUGUUAUUUACUUGUAGAAACCAUUUUACAAGGCCAAGAAUAUGGUGUGGAAAUUCUGAGUGCUAUGUAGAGAUUAGUUUCUGCACUGAGGGGUCCCUGUUCUUUUUGUCUUCACACAGACUUUAAGGAUCACAUUGUAAAGUGUUGGAAUAGAUUUUUUGAGUAACU